AUAAGCCUAAAGCCUCCUUACUGCUUAAGCUGGGGCACAAACUUCAGAAUCAUAGCAAACAUCUCCUCCGAUCUCCGACAAUACGGCGUGCCGUUUUACGGAGCCGGUUGGGUUCCUUACAACCACGUCAGAUCCAAGCUCACCUCACAAGAAAAAAUUGAAGAGGAUAAUAAAGAAGACAAAGAUCCAACUCAAUCCAAAGAUGACGAGAUUAGUACCUCUCUAAACUAUGUCGUUCUAGCUGGCGGUGGCGGUGAAGGCCGUAGCGGUAUCCCCAAUGCAGUCGUCGUCUCCCACGUCGAUUUUGCCUCUAAUUCUCUCUCUCAUCAACCCGUGGUUAUGCUUCGAACUGGUUCUGAUUUGCCUUAUCGAAUGACUGUUCAUCCGCGUGGAGAUGGCAUUAUCUGUGCAUUGCAACAAAGUUGCAGAUUGUUUGAGUGGGAAGAACUUGAGGGCAAUGAAGUCCACAAACUGAGUGUCAAGGUGUCUGAGAAAGUUCUGACCCAAUUAAAAGAUGUUGGACAACAAUUAGCAUUGACAUUUAACAGUGAGGGUUCCGAACUGGCUGUUGGUGGCGAGGAUGGCAGUUUAAGGGUUUUCAAAUGGCCUAGCAUGGAAAUAAUUCUCAAUGAAGCCCAAGCUCAUUCAUCCAUUAAGGACUUGGAUUUUAGCUGUGAUGGAAAAUUUCUCAUCUCAUUGGGAAGUGGCCUUUGUAGGAUUUGGGAUGUAACAUCAUCAAAAGUUGUAGCUUCUUUGGCAAAGGGAAAUGAUGAGAUUUUUGCCUUCUGCAGAUUUUCUCAAAUUAAUGAUAGGAAUCCAGUUCUGUAUAUUGCUGUAGUCACAGACCAUGGUGGAAGUAUUUUAACAUGGAACACAAGCACAUGGAAGAGAAUGCGAUCAAAACGAGUAGUCCGAGAAGCUAUCUCUGCUUUCAAUGUCUCGGCUGAUGGGAAGUUCCUUGCAGUUGGAACGGUUGGAGGAGACCUUUUUAUCAUAAAUUCUUACAAUAUGCGGGUUCAAAUGACGGUAAAAAAAGCUCACCUUGGUUUGGUUACAGCAUUGACAUUCUCCCAUGAUUCAAGGGCUUUGAUCUCUGCAUCACUGGACUCAAGUGCUAGGGUGACACUAGUCAAGGACACGAAGAAAAGUGGUGGAAUUAGCUGGUUGAUUGUAUUCAUGGUACUAGUUGCUAUUGCUGUGUAUUUUAUGAAGGAGAAGGGAAUUAUACCAUAAUAGAUUCUUAUUGCAGUUUGGUUCAUUACAAUGCGAUAUGGAGUUGUGAUUUAGAUGGAUGUAAUGAGCUGACUGGUUCAUACGCAAUUCCUGCCUAAUUUGUAACCCAUAGCAUGUGAUAGGAACUUGGAAAUUUUGCAUUUCUAGGCAUUUUGUGCAGAAAAGUUGGAGACCAGCAUAAGAUAAAAUAAGUAUAUUUUCAUUUCCAUUAAUAACCAUCUGUUUCUAGUAUGUAAGUUUUCAUUUGAUUUUAACAUUCUAUGUAAAAAAAUGAAUCCUCUUCAUGUGUAAAUUUUUUUCAAAUGUUGGUAGUCAAAAAGAUAAAAGUAUUUUACCCGAAGUGAACUUGUAAGUAUUUAUUGUAAAUUUUAAUUUUUUAGAUACUAAAUUGUUAAAAAUGACAUAAGUC